UGUCUACCCGCGAAAAUGGGGGUGGAUUGGACCCAACUACCACCAGAACUCGCCGAAUCAAUCUCCAAAAAGCUCACAAUCUACGCCGACUACCUCCGAUUCCGAGUUGUGUGUCACAGCUGGCGAGCCUCCGUCCCCAAAACCCCGCACCACCUCCCUCCCCAGCUCCCCUGGCUGAUGCUCCCCCAAUCCCAGCCCAACCAAUCCCACCGCGCCUUCUUCAACCUCUCCAACAGCAGAGUCCACUUCCUCCACCUUCCAGAAGCUUCUCACCGCAAGCGCCGCUGCGGCUCCUCCCACGGAUGGCUCGUCAUCCUCGACGAAACACCUUCCGUCCUCCUUAUUAAUCCCCUCACGCGCGCCAAGCGCCACCUCCCUCCGCUCUCCACCUUCCCCAACGUUGUUCGAUUUGAUUACUCCGAAGUUGGCCGAGAAUACGCCCUCCGAUCCCCGUCUGGUGACGUCUACACGCGCAGCCUGACGCAAAUGCGCGAUUCGUUUCUGAAAAAGGUCGUCCUUUCAUCUAGUUCUCUGGAAGCCAACGGUUUCACUUUCACAGCCGUAGCGAUUGUCAAUCAAACCGGCGACUUGGUGUUUUGCAGGGAAGGAGACCUGUCUUGGACUUUGAUCGACGGCGCACGGUCGUAUUCCGAGGAUGUCAUAUCUGUCAACGGCUUGUUUUACGCCGUCGACAAGAAGGGAACCGUGGUGGUGUGUGAUGUUAAUGGUCCGUCUCCGUCUAGGGUUGGGAUUAUCCGAACGCCGAGACUAGAGGAGGCCGACAUGCGAUAUUUGGUGAGUUCAGGGGAUGAUUUGUUAUUGGUGAGUCGGUAUUUGGAGAUUGAUUACGGUUUUCUGGUGGACAGUAUAAAUGUAAAUUACAGGACAGCAAAAUUUGACGUUUUUAGGAUGAAUUGGGCGGGGGAGAGGUGGGACAAGGUUGAGAACUUGGGUGAUAGGAUGGUGUUUAUUGGCGAAAACUCAUCGUUUUCAUUGUCGGCGUCUGAUUUUCCGGGAAGUCUUGGAAAUUGCGUUUAUUUCACAGACGAUUAUUCGGAAUCAAACAAUGAGAGCGGAGUUGGGGGAUAUGAUUCGGGAAUUUUCAAAUUAUGGGAUGAAACAAUUCAAGAGUUGCCCCCUUAUCCAAGGAAUUCGAAUUAUGAGGUGCAUUGGCCUGCCGGCUCUCUACCUCUUUGGGUAACUCCAAAUCCAUGCUGAUGCAGUGAAGGCAGGAUCAUCAUUUCAAUUGAAUGAAUAAAGUUCUGGACCUCUGGUAGGGAACUGGGAAUAUUGGUAGAGGGAUUCUCCGUUUGUGCUGAAAUUAUUUCAUAAUUGGAAUUGAGCACCAAAGAGCUGUGGUGAUUUGCACGUUACCUAUUUACUUCACGUGCUUGGCCGGACGACAGGUUUCAUAUUUUGUCCUUUAGCUAUCAGAAGUGGCCUUUUGGGGCCGGUAUCUUUGUCCCAGUUUGGUGCUUGUUAGUUAACCAGGACAAAACCUUUUUGUAUAUUAUGUGAUAUUGUUGACUCUAAAAAUUACCAAGCUCGCAGGUCGAGUAAUUAAUAAGUUAACUACGUCCUUCGGUUGU